AUGGCUGGAGAAGGGGAAGAAGAUCUGCCCAGAGACGCCAAGAUUGUCAAGUCUCUGCUUAAGUCGAUGGGGGUGGAGGAGUACGAGCCUCGUGUGGUGCACCAGUUUCUUGAAAUAUGGUACCGUUACGUGGUCGACGUGUUGACCGAUGCUCAGGUUUACUCGGAGCAUGCUACCAAAUCCACCAUAGACUGUGACGAUCUUAAGCUCGCUAUUCAAUCCAAAGUUACUUUCAGCUUCCCACAGCCUCCUCCACGAGAGGUACAGCUAGAGCUUGCUGCGAGCAGGAACAAGAUCCCUUUGCCUAAAUUGGUAGCAGGACUCGGUGUUCCACUCCCGCCUGAACAGGACACGUUGCUAAGCCCUAACUACCAGCUCGUUAUUCCCAACAAGUCAGCUUCGACUGAACCUGAAGAAACAGAGGAGGACGAUGAAGACAUGACAGAUCCUUCACCACAAACAUCUCAGCAGCAACAAACCUCAGAGUUUCCUUGCCAAACUUCCCAAAGGGUCUCUUUCCCUCUCUCUAGGCGACCCAACUAA